UCACACACGAGCAAACGCAUCCAUAGAUACUUCAAGCCAGACGCAGCUAGCGGCAGAUAUGGCUCUAGCUCGAGUUGCUGCAGGGGUGCUGCUGGCGGCGAUCGGCUGUGUGCUCUCUGUGGCCGCGGACAAUCCGAGCACGACAUCCCCGCAACCCUUCGUCUGGCAGAAGGCGCAUGCGACGUUCUACGGCGGUGCUGACGCCUCCGAUACAAUGGGGGGCGCGUGCGGGUACGGCAACCUCUUCUCUGAAGGCUACGGGACGCGCACGGCGGCUCUGAGCACUGUGUUGUUCAAUGACGGCGCCGCGUGCGGGCAGUGCUACAAGAUCGCAUGCGACCGGAAGCGAGCGGACCCGUUGUUUUGCAAGCCCGGCGUGACGGUGACUGUCACUGCCACGAACUUUUGCCCACCCAACGACGCCCUCCCCAAUGACAACGGAGGCUGGUGCAACCCGCCACGGCCACACUUCGACAUGGCCCAGCCGGCAUGGGAGAAGAUCGGUGUUUAUAGAGGUGGCAUCAUCCCCGUCAUGUACCAGAGAGUUCCAUGUGUUAAGCGGGGUGGCGUCAGGUUCAGAAUCAAUGGUCAUGAUUACUUCAAUCUUGUGCUUGUGAGCAACGUUGGUGCAGCAGGCUCGAUCAAGUCCAUGGAUAUCAAGAGCUCUGAUUCCAACGACUGGAUGCCCAUGGCACGCAAUUGGGGCGCUAACUGGCACUCGCUGGCAAACCUCACCGGCAAGAUGCUCUCCUUUAGACUAACCAACACUGAUGGACACACGCUUGUGUUCAACAACGUUGUGCCGAAGGGAUGGAACUUUGGGCAAUCAUUUGCUAGCAAGUUGCAAUUCUAGUGAGCAAUGUCUGCCGACCAAUUAACUUACCAGGGCAAGUGACCGAUUUGUGAUCAUUACACUGCAUUGCGAUGAAAUGCAAGUUAUGGUGGUUAAUGUGUAUGCUACUUAUAGCACUGGUCUAAUGUUACCAUUCAAUUUGUUCAUACUCAUUUGUGUAAUUGGUAAGCUGUAUAUAGAUCCAAUUAAAUUUAUUGAUUUCAUAUUCUUCAAAAUCAAUCAUGUGAUGCAUUCUGUAAACACAUUAUGUCAUUGUCUUGCUGUCUACAUAGUGGUACGCCAUUUGCAUAGGAGAACAUAAAAUAAUCCAUG